ACGGCGAUAAAACGUUGCUUGAAACAGCAAAUAUCGCAUCUAGAUGGAGAUUUUUCAUCAGAGAUACGACAAUUGCUGUUACAACGAGCGAAAAGUGGAUUUGUGGGAUUUUUUUUCGCUUUCUCACUCAAUUUUUUCCAAUUUGACCCCAAGUGGGAGUGAGUAAUCGCGCGAAAUUGCAGUGAAAAGCAUUCGAGUGCCGUUGUGGGUGCAUCCGUGUGGCUGUGAGGUGAAUCAGUGCGAUGUUUAGUUGGCUGAGGCGCGAGAAGGCCACGCAGGAAGUCGUGGACAAUGUUGUGGGGGCCCUCAAGAAGAUCUACCGGAGUAAAUUGCUACCGUUGGAGGAGUACUACAGCUUCCAUGACUUCCACUCCCCCAAGCUCGAAGAUCCGGACUUUGAUGCGAAGCCCAUGAUCCUCCUUGUGGGGCAGUACUCAACGGGUAAGACCACCUUCAUACGGUAUUUGCUGGAGAGGGAUUUCCCAGGGAUAAGGAUCGGCCCUGAACCGACGACGGAUCGCUUCAUUGCGGUGAUGUGGGAUGACAAGGAGGGCGUAAUUCCGGGGAAUGCAUUGGUAGUGGAUCCCAAGAAGCAAUUCCGCCCACUCAGCAAGUACGGAAAUGCCUUCCUGAAUCGCUUCCAGUGCUCCUCCCUACCCUCUCCGGUGCUACAGGCCAUCUCAAUUGUCGACACUCCCGGAAUCCUUUCGGGUGAGAAGCAGCGAAUUGAUCGUGGCUAUGAUUUUACGGGGGUGCUCGAGUGGUUUGCUGAGCGUGUUGACAGGAUUAUUUUGCUCUUUGACGCCCACAAAUUGGAUAUUAGUGAUGAAUUCCGGAGGUCCAUUGAAGCCCUCAAGGGGCACGACGACAAGAUACGUAUUAUCUUGAAUAAGGCCGACAUGGUGGAUCAUCAGCAGCUGAUGCGCGUCUAUGGGGCCCUCAUGUGGUCCCUGGGAAAAGUCCUGCAGACCCCGGAGGUGGCACGAGUCUAUAUUGGUUCAUUCUGGGAUCAACCCCUGCGCUAUGACAUGAAUCGUCGCCUAUUUGAGGAUGAGGAGCAGGAUCUCUUCAGGGAUUUGCAAUCCCUCCCUCGCAAUGCUGCCCUACGGAAGCUGAAUGACCUCAUAAAACGUGCCCGACUGGCCAAGGUGCAUGCCUACAUAAUUGCCGAACUGCGCAAAGAGAUGCCCUCCGUGUUCGGGAAGGAGCACAAAAAGAAGGAUUUGAUUAAGAAUCUGGGUCAGAUUUAUGACAAAAUCCAGCGAGAGCACCAAAUCUCGCCCGGAGACUUCCCGGACAUAAAGAAAAUGCAGGAAUCGCUGCAGCAUCAGGACUUUAGUAAAUUCCACUCCCUCAAGAUGAGCAUGCUGGAGGUGGUGGAUCAGAUGCUGGCCAAUGACAUUGCCAAGUUGAUGGAGAUGAUCCCACACGAGGAGAGUAAUCUCGUUUCGGAGCCUGUUGUCAAAGGUGGUGCCUUCGAUGGUAUCGGUGACGAUUCAGUGUCACCCUUUGGGUAUCGCAAGGGUGAAGGAAUCGAUGCUGGAUCUGGUGAAUUGGAUUGGAUAUGCAAUCGUGAUCGUGCCCGAACGGAUCCAAUCUUCGAGAGAUUGGGCCCCAUUGAUGGGAGAAUUUCCGGUGCUGCCGCAAAGUCUGAAUUGAUUAAAUCCAAACUACCGAACAACGUGUUGAGUAAAAUAUGGAAGCUUUCCGAUGUGGAUGCCGAUGGGUUCCUUGAUGUGGAGGAAUUCGCACUGGCCAUGCAUUUGAUUAACGUAAAGCUAGAUGGAAAUGAACUUCCGACCACUCUGCCGGAUCAUCUAAUUCCUCCGUCCAAGAGGAUGAACAACGGAGAUUAGGAUGAAUAAAUUUCUCUGUACUUCUGUUGGUAAGUCGACACACACACAUAAUACACACAAAAGAUACGUUAAAGGGAUGAAAAAAUUUGCGGUUUAGCGUUGAUAUUUCAAUUUGAUCAAAGGGCUUUUUUCAAUUUUCUUGUAAUUUCUUCUUCACUUGAGCUGUUAAUUUAUCAAAAUUGCGUUAAAAAAUUAAUGAAAUUGGAUUUGAAAAUUAAUUAGAAAUAUAAUUAAAAUUUUUAUUUAAUCUGUUUAAAUUAAUAAGAAAACAAAUUCUUUGAUUAAGGGAAAAAUCAAUGAAAAGCCGAAUAUUUUUUUUAAUCUUUCUAAAACAAUAAUUCUAGGGACAUUUUGGCGACACUUAAAAACAAAAAUAAUAAUUAAACAUCACCGGAGAGUGUUGUUAUAUUUUUAUACGGACAAUAUCAUGAGAUGAGAAAAUCGUUUAUGUCUGUUAUAUACUUGUUUUUUUUUCGACACGAUAUUUCAUAUUUCCAUUGAACACAGUAAAAAGAAAAAUAUUUAUAUAAAAUAUAAAUUUAGUAUAAAAGUAAGAAGAUAAAAUGUAGAGAAAGCGAACACAAAAUUAAUGCGAAGGAAAGAUAUAAAUUUUAAGAUGAAACCCCAAAAAAUUAUGAUCGAAUCGAAAUUAUUACGAAAAUGUAAUAAAAUUGUUUUUCGUGAAGUAAUUAAUCUUGUAGCUUUUGUAUAGGAGAAGGGUAAAAAAGAAACGAAGAGAUAUCUUUCACUGUGAAUGUAUUAAAUUUAGUAUAUCACUCGAAAUACUAAAAAAAAAAUCUUUGAUAGGAACUUGUACAAUAAAUAUAUUAUUGAAUGGAAAAUGA